AUGGAUUCACAGAAGGAUGUUCAGCCUCCAAAGCAGCAGCCAAUGAUUUACAUUUGUGGAGAAUGUCAUACAGAAAACGAAAUAAAGGCGAGAGAUCCUAUCAGAUGCAGAGAAUGUGGCUACAGAAUAAUGUACAAGAAAAGGACAAAAAGAUUGGUGGUUUUUGAUGCCCGAUGA